AAUGUUUAAUGAUCCCUCAAUUGUGAGCUUCUUUGAUGUUCGUGGAUGGGUUACUGUAUCCGAGGACUACAAUUUAAGAAAGAUGCUUCUAUCCCUCCUUCAAGAUGUUGGGGUAAAUGCGGAGCUUGAUAAGAAAAGCGAUAUUGGAGAACACAGUGAAGAAGAAGAAGAAGAAGGAGAAGGAGGAGGAGGAGGAGGAGGAGGACAAGAAGAAGAAGGUAACUUGAAGAAGAAGAAAAAGAAGAUAAGUGAUGUACAACUAGCAAAUCGCAUGCAGAAAAGCGAUGGAGAACUAGCAGAUCGCUUGCAAAAAAGUUUAAAAGGUAGGAGGUAUUUGAUUGUUGUGGAUGACAUAUGGAGCACAGAAGCUUGGGAUGAGUUUAGGCUAUGGUUUCCAGAAUACAAUAAUAGAAGUCGGAUAUUAUUGACUACUCGAGACAUUAAGGUUGCUCAAUAUGCUAGCUAUCCUAGGGAUCCUUCUCCAAUGCGUUUCCUGAAGCCAGAGGAAAGUUGGACUUUAUUUUGCCAAAAGGCAUUUGACCAAAAAGUCUGUCCAAUUGAAUUUGAGAAUAUUGCAAGGGAAGUUGUGAAAAAUUGCAAUGGAUUACCACUGAUGAUUUCUGUGGUUGCAGGGGCUCUAUCUAGCAAGAGGACAGUGGAUGAGUGGAGGAAAGUAGCUCAAAGUGUGAGUUUGUUAGUAAAUCUUGAUGAUUAUCAACGCUGCUCAAGAGUGCUCGCUUUGAGCUACAAUCAUCUUCCGUCUCAUUUGAAAGCUUGCUUUCUGUAUUUUGGAGUUUUUCCGAAAGCAAGUGAGAUUUCUGUGAAGAAGUUGAUUAGAUUAUGGGUUGCCGAAGGAUUCCUGGAGCUGAAGGGGUUUGAGGGAUUGGAAAAAGUGGCUACUAGUCUUUUAAGUAAUCUUAUUGAUAAAAGUCUAGUUGUUGUUGGUAAGCGAAGUUUGAAUGACAAAAUCAAGACAUGUAGGAUUCAUGAUCUUCUGCACGAUUUUUGCUUGAGAGAGGCUGAAAACGAGAAUCUCUUGUAUGUUACAGAAACGCCGGUGAGUACAUAUGAAGGAUCUAGAAAGGUUUCCUCUCAAGUUCGUCGGUGGGUGUCAGUUUAUCCAAAGGACGGUUCCUUUCCACCAAAUCUCAAGAAGCUGACACUUUGCUGCACAUUUUUACUGUGGAAGGACAUGACAAUCGUUAGCAUGCUGCCCAAACUCGAGGUACUCCAGUUGAGGAAUAAUGCCUUUGUACCAAACAUCGGCUGGAAAGUAACAGAGAUGCAAUUUCCUAAAUUGAAAUUCCUGCUCCUCGAGCAGUUGAAUAUUAAAUAUUGGAGAGCCACUGAUGAUUGUUUCCCAUGCCUUGAGCGUAUAAUUAUAAGAAAUUGCAGGUUUUUAAUAGAGAUUCCCCAAGAAUUUGCAGAUAGUAUGACACUGCAGCUAAUUGAGUUACAUCAAUGUUCUCCUUCCCUUGUGAAUUCUGCUGAGCUGAUCCAGAAAGAGCAAUUGGAGAGUUUGGGGAAUAACAUGCUUAAAGUUUAUGCCUUUGACACCAUUAAAUGGAGAAUCUGGGAAGAAUAGGUGGAUGUUUUUCUGUUAAGACACAGAAGUUAUGAGAGGUCCAAGUCUUUGUUUUCUCUGAACUAGAAAGAAGAAAAAAGAAAUUUUACAGAACAAUGGUGUAGCCAAUAAAUUCAAUUCAAUCGCACGGCCUUGGAUUGUCUUCACUCUUCAGUGGCUAAUCUUUGAUGAAUAUUUUAAUUUUUAAGGUCGAGGACGGCACCGGUGACCAGACUUGCUCGCCGGUGAUAAAACUUCUGCCGGUGUGACUCACGGAGGAGAUGUAGUUAUCUCCUACAAAACGUUGUCAUAUCUUUUAAUUUAACUACUCUUUACGGCUUGUUUGGAUUGUUAUUACAUUUAGUUUCAUAAUAUAUCGUAUUGUAUUGUACUGCAUUA